UUCUUGCGUCAUCACCCGGCGACGGAAGUGCGGGGCGCGAUGGAGCGCCUGGCGUGCGAGCUGCACGGCGUCGGGGCUCUUCGGUUCGGGGACUUCGUGCUCAAGAGCGGCCUCGUCUCCCCGGUCUACGUGGACUUGCGCGUCAUCGUCUCCUACCCGGCUCUGCUCAACGAAGUAGCUCAUCUUCUCUUUCAAACAGCAAAGGAUGCUGGAAUCAAGUAUGACUGUGCGUGUGGGGUUCCAUACACUGCUUUACCAUUGGCUACGAUCAUCUGCUCAGCCAACCAGAUCCCAAUGCUUAUUCGCAGGAAGGAAGCUAAAGAGCAUGGUACCAAGCGCAUUGUGGAAGGCAUCAUAAAUGCAGGAGAAACUUGUCUUAUCAUUGAGGAUGUGGUCACCACUGGCUCAAGUGUCUUGGAGACAGCAGAGGUUCUUCGUAAGGAGGGAUUGAAUGUUACUGAUGCUGUUGUGCUGUUGGACAGAGAGCAGGGAGGAGGAGCCAUGCUGGCAAAAAAUGGGAUUUGCUUGCAUUCAGUAUGUACUUUGUCCACAGUGCUCAGGAUCCUUGAGCAGCAGAAAAAAGUUGCCUCAGUGAUGGUGAUGAAGGUAGAGAGAUUCGUUCGAGAAAACAUUAGCAAGUCUCCUGAGCAAAAUGGUACUUCUGCUAUAAAAAGAACGUGCAAAGAAAUGAGUUUUGGUGCUCGGGCCGAGUUGCCUGGCACACAUCCCCUUGCUGUUCGGCUUCUCAGGCUCAUGGAGAAAAAGCAGUCUAAUUUGUGUCUUUCGGCUGAUGUAACCAAGUCCACAGAACUGCUCCACCUGGCUGCUGUUCUUGGCCCAUCCAUCUGUAUCUUAAAAACGCACAUAGAUAUUCUGGAAGAUUUCACCUCAGAAGUAAUAAAAGAAUUAAGAGAACUUGCAGACCAGUAUGAAUUCUUGAUAUUUGAAGACCGGAAGUUUGCAGACAUUGGAAAUACCGUGAAGCAUCAGUAUGAAGGUGGUGUCUUCAAAAUAGCAUCCUGGUCGGAUAUAGUUAAUGCCCAUGCGGUUCCUGGUCCUGGAGUUGUUAAAGGACUGAAAACAGUAGGGCAGCCUUUGCAACGGGGAUGUCUUCUGAUUGGGGAGAUGAGUUCAGAAGGGUCUCUGGCUACUGGCGAAUAUACAAAAGCAGCAGUUAAAAUGGCUGAAGAACACUCUGAUUUUGUUCUGGGUUUUAUUUCUGGCUCCAGAAUUGUUGAAAAACCAGAAUUCCUUCACUUGACUCCUGGUGUUCAAAUGCAGGCUGGAGGUGAUAGCUUUGGGCAGAAGUACCUCAGUCCUCAGGAAGUGAUUGGAAAAAAAGGCUCUGAUAUCAUCAUUGUAGGAAGAGGCAUCUUGUCUGCACCCAGCCCUUUGGAGGAAGCAGAGACUUACAGGAAAGCAGCCUGGGAGAGCUAUUUGCAGAGAGUUGGUGUCAGCGCACAGCUGGGAAACCAGCUCUGAAUCCUAUUAAGUAUCUCGCUCAAAAAAAAUUUCUAGAAGCUGGAAUAAUUAUGAAAGCCAUUUGCUUGUUUAACAUUUGAUUAUACUAAAAUGUAUCCAGCAAUGAUUAUGCACUCGGGCGAUUGGUAUACCGACUGCAGUUGACCAUACUUGGCAAUGUGAACUUAAACAGUUUAUUUGUGUAGUGCUGAAGUUCUACUGUUCCUUCAUUUAAAACAAAUUAAAAAACAAAACCAAAAUAAAUUUUGACUAAAUGUGAUAUCUGAGUUUAGGGUUUUAUGUAUGAAAUUUGUAUCUGAAAUUCUUUGGCCAGGAAAAGCACUUUGUGCCUUAAGUAUUACAUUGAAAACAGUUGAUUUUAACUUAGUCGAGGCCUUGACAACAGAAUGGAAAAGGCAGAAUUUUGUUUAACGACUACUCUCCUGUGUCAGUGCUUUCUUCAUCAGCAUGCAGACAAAUAAGCGGGUUCUAGACCACGUAAAGUAUGAACUCUCCCUAGAAAUUAAAAUUAUUAAACUGAGGUUAUCAUACUUGGUCACAUUAUGAGAAGACAAGAGUCACUGGAGAAGACAAUAGCACUGGAAAAGGCAAAUGGCAGCAGGGAAAAAGACCUAACAUGAGAUAGAUUGACCGUAUUAAGGAAGCCAUACCUUCGGUUUGCGAGGCUGUUAGGGAGAUGAUGUUUUGGCAUGCAUAAAUUCAUGGGGUUGCCAAAACUCAGAAGUGACUUGACAGUGCUUAAUUCAUAUACACACCUUGUGUUAUGUUUGGGACCCCUCUUCUUCAUCUAGUAAUUGUGUGGAAUGUGCUACAUGUUGUGGUAAAAAUAAAAUAAUUUCAAAUUUGAUAAA